AUGGCCCCUGAGGAGGUGGCUGCUGAGGAGGAGGAUCUGGAUAGGCCCCAAACCUCCCGGCGCCGCAAGCUGCCCCCCCCGCCCCCAGUGCCCCCAGCGCCCAAGGCCGCUCCCAAGGCUCCCAUGGCCGCCCCCUCGUCCAGCUCGGCGCCGCUGCCCUCGGCCACGCGGCCCGGGCUGCGAUUGGCGCCGCCGACACUGCGGCUGCUGGGGGGGAUGGGGGACGCCGUCCAACUGGUGCAGGCACAGGCGCAGCAGGCGCAGCAGGUGCAGGCGCAGCAGGCGGCUCGACAGGCUGAGGCCACGGCGGCCAUGGAACGGGAGAGGGCGGGGCAAAGGUUGUUGCAGGCCUUUGCAGCUGCACCCAAUGCUGGCUAUAACUGGAGAGACUCAAGUACUUGGCAAGACGGAGUGAUUCGAAUCCACAUGGCUCAUUGGGAGCUCUCAGAGGAGCAUUGGACCCAGUGGCUUCAGUGGAUGCAGAACGAGUGGACGAGGAGGAGCGCAGAGUACACUUGGGCGAUAUCCACCAUGGAUCUCUCCCACAACGUCCUCACGCCACCUGCAAUUGAGAAGAUUUGCGACUUCUUAGACGGGAAGCUAGUUUGCCAUAGCUUCGAUUUUUCCAACACGAGCAUGUGCGACCAGGGGCUCAUUCGGCUUGUGCUCCAUUUGGCCAGCACUGGUGUGACGGAGAAUCUGAACAUCUCUGACAAUAAGGACAUCACUUUCACGGGCGUCUCCUGGCUUUUCACCAUCCUCAGUUGGCAUCCACUCUAUCCAUCGCUGGCAAAUAACAAGCAGGGGCGUCCCGUGUACUCCCCGCUGAAGGUGAAAAUGGAGAACUUGGGCUUCCCUACCAGUGAAUUGAACACCUACUUGGAUUCCAAUGAGUUCAAGCUGCUCUGCACUUCAGUCACUGUGGGGUCAAGCUUCAAGAGCCAAUUCGAUGGUCCAAACCCCAAGAAGCACAACGUAGUUUUCCAGCUGGACGUCGGAACUGCUUCGGAAUCCAGACGCAUCCUGAAUCCCUACUCCAUGGUGAAAUGCUCGGACCAAUCCAUGGUGGCGCAGACGCCGCGUCCCUUUCGGACCAAUUUGGUGGUCCGCAAGCCCACGCACCAACGACUGGAGCCGCAGG